AUGGCUACCCCCCAAUCCACCACCUCUUACGAGGGCGCCGACGGCGACAAGAAGCUCGAGCAGAUCACCUUCCGAUUCUGCUCCGAAUGCUCAAACAUGCUUUAUCCCAAGGAGGACGAGGAUGCUCACAAGCUUCAGUUUACCUGCCGAACUUGCCAGUACACCGAGGACGCCAAGUCUACCUGCGUCUUCCGCAACGUCCUCAACACCUCGGCCGGUGAGACCGCCGGUGUCACCCAGGAUGUUGGCUCCGAUCCAACGCUCCCGCGAUCUACAAAGACCUGCCCUAGUUGCCAGCACACCGAAGCUGUGUUUUUCCAGUCUCAGCAGCGAAGCGCUGAAACCGGCAUGAAACUCUUCUACGUCUGCUGCGAGUGUGGUCACAUUUUCACUUAA